CUAAAUCUAGAUGGGAAGGAGGGUGUAUAAAUAUGAAGCGAGCACUCUGGCAACUGGAUAAAACACAGGAUUGUAGGUCUACAGCAAGGAAGCACAUAAGGACAUCUACGCCACAAGAUGGAAUCCAUGCAAAACAAAUCAAAGGACGGCCCUGACAGUGACUUGUCUGAGCAAAUUAAAGCAGCCACCAAAGACAGUCAUAUCAGAGCUGAAAACACACAACUGAUGCUCAACUACCAGAAAGGACAGAUCACACAAACACAGUAUAAGCUUCUGCUGUGUUCCCUGUAUGAGAUCUACCAAGCGCUUGAGGAAGAGCUGGACAGGAACUGUGAUCACCCUGGAGUCCAACCCAUCUACUUCCCUCAGGAGCUGGCCAGACUGGGAACUCUGGAGCAGGACCUUGAGCAUUUCCUUGGAUCUCACUGGAGGAAGAGAGUAACAGUGCCUGCGGCCACCCACAGAUACACCCAGAGACUGAGAGAGAUUGGUAAGAACAGCCCGAAUCUUCUAGUGGCUCAUGCUUACACUCGCUAUCUCGGUGACCUGUCAGGAGGGCAGGUACUGGGGAAAAUUACACAGAAAUCUUUGGGAUUGAGUGGCAACAAGGGAACAGAUUUUUUCUUGUUUCCUGGAGUGACGAGCCCCAACAAAUUCAAACAGUUAUAUCGGAGCAGAAUGAACAGCAUUGAGCUAACAGAGAAAGAGAGACAGGAUGUGCUGAAGGAGGCCACCAAAGCUUUUGAGUUCAACAUUGAGGUUUUUGAUGAUCUGCAGAAAAUGCUGAGCAUUACAGAAGAAGCUUUUAGUGUGAAAGGAAAUGACGUAGCAUCCAGCACUCAGUCAACAAAUUUCUCCAGCUCUCCUGUGCUUCAGUUUGCAUUAGGUGUUGGCAUUGCUAUAGCAACUGUUGGAAUGGGGGUUUAUGCUUUUUGAUCCUUUUUAUAUAUAUAUCAUUUCUGAAUCAUUCUAAUACCAUGAAUUUAAAUAAUAAGUUUAAGGUAAAAUCUACAGAUCUUCAUUAAACACCAAUCAUGGCUAUUACCAAAUAUGCACUCAGAUUCUAAUCAAGUGCAUUGAUUUCUUUCUCCCAGAGUAAGAACAUAAGUAUUAUGUAUAAAGAGUACUAAAAUAUGCAAUUGUGAAAUCUAAUAAACAUUGUGCACUUAAACUA